AUGCCAAUUCCAUCAUUUACACGUCCUAGCAAAACCUCGAGUUAUUCAGAAUUUGGCUCUGAUGUUUUAGAUGGUUCAGAUAAUGAUUAUUUUGAUAAAAGCAACCCGAUGAAAAGCAAGAAAAAACAAAAAAUACCUGCUGAAAAUUUUGCAGAAUUUCUUCCAAAGAGACGAAGCAGCAAAAAAUCAAAAGAAAAAGAUAUCAAUUUGGAUGUGUUGAAUGAUUAUGAAGCUGUCAAUAUAUAUAAAGUUGUGUUCCAAGCUGCUGACAAUGAUGUCAAAGGAAUUGAAAGUAAACAACCAUGUAUUAAAAAAACAGACCUUUUGGAAGAUGUGGUAGCACAAUUAUCCAAAACAUACCUUACAGAAGCACUACUUGAACACAAUAUCUUGGUUGCAAUUAAGUAUUGGCUGGAACCUUUACCUGGUAGGUCACUACCAAGUAUCACAUUAAUAAUUGAACUUUUGAGUCUGCUUGAUAAAUACCCUAUUACAACUGAACAUUUAUUCGCAAGUAAAAUUGGAAGAUUUGUUUAUUUUUAUACAUUGACAAAACGUUGUCCAGAAACUAUAAGACAAUUAGCUACUCAACUUGUAGAAAAGUGGAGUAGACCAAUACUUGGAUUAAGUGAUGAUUAUCGAGAAGUAGCUGCUACACUAUCAAGAAAG